AUGGUCAAGGCCGCACCACCUGUCAAUGCCGGGCCGGGCAUCUACAGUGCCACGUACAGUGGGAUUCCCGUGUAUGAGUUUCAAUUCGGAGGAGACUUGAAAGAGCAUGUGAUGCGAAGGAGACAUGACGAUUGGAUCAAUGCAACACACAUCCUGAAAGCCGCUGGCUUCGACAAACCCGCUCGAACGAGAAUCCUUGAGCGCGAUGUACAGAAGGAAGUCCACGAGAAGAUUCAGGGCGGUUAUGGAAAAUACCAGGGCACUUGGAUUCCUCUCCCGAGCGGAGAGUCAUUGGCACGACGACACAGCAUUUACGAUCGACUACAACCAAUAUUCGAGUAUGUUCCUGGGAAUGAAAGUCCUCCUCCGGCGCCUCGGCAUGCAAGCAAGCCCAAGGCUCCCAAGCGACCUCCCCCUCCCAAAUGGAACAACCCUCCUCCACCUCCUCCCCCACCUCCUGUCCAGGAGGAGUAUGAAAAAGCCGACACGUUGAUGGCUGAGGAUGACACGCCUGACAACCUCACAGUAGCAUCAUACAUGGCCGAGGACGACCGCUUUGACAUGUCACAAACAACCACUGCUCAAAGGAAGCGAAAGAGAGAAGAAAUAAUGCAGGAUCUCACAGAGCAGCAACAUGCUUUAUAUGGAGACGAACUGCUCGACUACUUCCUACUCUCUAAGACGGAACAGCCAGCAGUCAAACCCGAUCCGCCACCCAACUUUCAACCCAAUUGGCCUAUCGACGCCGAAGACCAUACCGCCCUCCACUGGGCCUCGGCGAUGGGAGACAUGGACGUUGUCAAACAAUUGAAGAGGUUCAACUCAGCUUCAGGCGUGAAAAACAUCCGCGGCGAAACUCCCUUCAUGCACUCCGUCAACUUCACCAAUUGUUAUGAGAAGCAGACCUUCCCUGUCGUGAUGAAGGAGCUGUUUGAGACUUUUGAUGCCCGGGAUAAUAUGGGCUGCACUGUGAUUCAUCACGCAGCCGUAAUGAAGAAUGGCCGGGUCUUCAACUCAUCUUGUUCGCGGUAUUACUUGGACAACAUCCUGAACAAGCUACAAGAGACGUUAGACCCAAGCGCAUUCCAGCAAUUACUAGAUGUUCAGGACAAUGAGGGAAACACUGCCCUACAUCUCGCCGCUCAGCGAAACGCUAGGAAGUGUAUUCGAGCGUUGCUGGGACGCAAUGCUUCGUCAGACAUUGCAAACCAUGAGGGCGUUCGAGCUGAGGAUUUGAUCAUGGAUCUGAACGCAACUAAGAAGGAGCGCGGUCCUCAGAGGUCAUCUUCACCCUUUGCCCCUGAUUCUCAAAGGCACGCCUCGUUCCGAGAUGCUCUCUCUGAUAAGACGACUCGGAAGCCUCCUGCUAGCUUCCUGUCUGCUGCUGCCAACACGGUGCAAUCACGAAUCUCGCCACUCAUUAUGGAGAAAUUUCAGGACUUGGCCAAGAGCUACGAAGAGGAAUGGCAUGAGAAGGAUGUAGCGGAGACAGAGGCCCGCCGAAUUCUGUCCAACACUCAGACUGAGCUCCACUCGGUACGACAACAAAUAGCUGAGGUUGAGGCGCAGCUAGAGCCCGAUGACACUGCAGGGAAGAUUAUGAACGAAGCGAACCUAGCCAAACACCAAGUGCUAUCACUCAUCACCCACCAAAACCGGCUUCACGUUCAGCAGGCGGUGGAUAACGAGCUGAAUCGUAUCAAUGGCGACGGGGUGCAAGGGGAGUCGUAUGAGGAGAGGCUGAGUCUAGCGCGACAGCUGAGCCAGAUGCUGACGGACCAGCGACAAGCGGAAACAGAGUACGUGGACGCGCUCAGCAUGGUAGGCACGGGGGACAAAAUCGAGAAGUAUAGGAGACUACUCAAGCGGUGCUUGGAUCCCAAGGACGGCGAAACCCUGGAUACCAACCUGGACAGCCUGAUUGAGAUGAUGGAAGAAGAAAGCGACGUUCAUGGCAUGGAUGGGUCGAUGGACAGGGAGCCAAUGGAACUCAGUGUUGGCAUGUGA